AUGACAUCAAAUAAUUCGUUAUUGGGGCGUGGAAGGAUGUCAUAUUCCUCUACCGCUCCACCAAGAUUCAAAAGAUCAGUCGACCAGCGUGACACUUUCUCGGACAAUUUUGAUUAUGAUAAGGAUUCAUCCAAUCGAGGCAGGACCUAUAUUGCAGCAUCUAAUUCAACUACUGGGGUACCCCCACCCAACAACUCAAGAUCAGGAUGCACCAAUAAUACAAAUAAUACAAAUAAUACAAGUAAUACAAGUAAUACGAACAAUAAUGAUAGCGUUGAUGAGAAUACAGUGUUUGAAACUUUACCUUAUUACCUGCCCUGCUUUUCAUGGCUUCCUGAGUACACUUUCAAUAAACUGUGGGGCGACGUAAUCGCAGGUAUCUCAGUAGCGUCAUUUCAGAUACCACUUGCGCUAUCGUACACAACUUCAAUUGCACAUGUCCCACCUUUAUGCGGACUAUAUUCUUUGGCUAUUAGCCCAUUUGUCUAUGGUAUUUUAGGUUCUGUUCCUCAGAUGAUAGUUGGGCCCGAAAGUGCAAUUUCCUUGGUCGUGGGACAAGCAGUCGAAUCUAUAACACUACAUAAAGAAAAUGUUUCUCUAAUUGAUAUUUCAACAGUAAUAACAUUUGUUAGUGGCACUAUCCUACUUUUUUCUGGUAUUUCCAGAUUUGGUUUCCUUGGAAAUGUUCUUAGCAAGGCACUUCUACGAGGUUUCAUAAGUUCAGUAGGACUGGUUAUGAUAAUCAACUCUUUGAUUUCUGAAUUAAAGCUAGACAAAUUUUUAGUAAGCUUGCCUCAACACUACCAUACCCCUUUCGAGAAAAUACUUUUCCUCAUUGAUUAUGCACCAGCACAAUACCAUAUACCAACGGCAAUAUUCAGCGGAUGUUGCUUGAUUGUCCUCUUUUUAACGCGUCUACUAAAGAGGAAAUUAAUGAAAUAUCACAAGAGCGCAAUAUUUUUUCCAGAUAUAUUAUUGGUGGUAAUUGUUACUAUUCUUAUUUCCAUGAAAUUUAAUUUAAAACACAGAUAUGGUAUUUCUAUCAUUGGCGACUUUAGCAUGGACAAUUUUGAUGAAUUGAAAAACCCUUUAACUCGUCCUAGACGUAAGCUAAUACCAGAUCUUUUUAGUGCAUCUCUAAUAGUGGCAAUGUUGGGUUUUUUUGAAUCUACGACCGCGUCGAAAUCUCUUGGAACAACUUACAAUCUUACCGUUUCCUCUAAUAGAGAACUAGUAGCUUUAGGAUUCAUGAAUAUUGUCAUCUCAUUAUUCGGUGCUCUUCCCGCAUUCGGCGGAUAUGGAAGAUCCAAGAUCAACGCCCUAUCAGGAGCACAAAGCGUAAUGUCGGGAGUGUUUAUGGGUGUCAUCACCCUAAUCACAAUGAAUUUACUUCUUCAAUUCGUACAUUAUAUUCCUAAUUGUGUUUUAUCCGUCAUAACAACCAUCAUCGGAAUUAGUUUAUUAGAGGAAGUGCCAGGCGACAUAAAGUUCCAUUUGCGAUGUGGUGGCUUUAGUGAACUAUUUGUUUUUGCUGUUACCUUCUGCACUACAAUAUUUUACUCAAUCGAAGCAGGAAUAUGCAUCGGAUGUGUCUAUUCAAUUAUAAAUAUUAUAAAGCAUUCAGCAAAGUCAAGAAUCCAAAUUCUGGCUAGGGUAGCGGGAACGUCGAACUUUACGAAUCUUGACGACUACAUGAUGAACAUGAAAAGGAACUCUCUGGAUGUUGAGGGCACAGAAGAAAUCGAGGGAUGCAUGAUUGUUAGAAUACCUGAGCCUCUCACAUUUACAAACAGCGAAGAUUUAAAACAGAGACUUGACAGAAUAGAGAGGUACGGUUCGUCUAAGAUACAUCCUGGAAGGAAAUCACUUCGCUCGAAGGAUUCCAUAAAAUAUGUCAUUUUCGAUUUAGGUGGGAUGACCUCAAUAGAUUCUUCAGCCGCCCAAGUGCUGGAGGAAAUUAUCACUAGUUACAAGAGGCGCAAUGUCUUUAUUUACCUUGUCAAUGUAUCUAUAAAUGACAAAGUAAGAAGGCGAUUAUUCAAAGCAGGUGUAGCUGCUAGUGUGGAAAGAGCGCAAGCAAAUAACAACGAAAAUAAUACUAGCAACACAUUUAGUGAUGCAGGAGAGACAUAUUCUCCGUACUUCGAUAGCAUUGAUGCGGCUCUUUAUGAAAUUGAGAAAAUGAAAAUUAAAGGGAACAACGUCCCGAACAAUGAUUCGGAGAGUUUUAUGUCCAAUACUUUAUUUAAUUCAAGUCUAGUGUAA